AUGAGCCUCACACAGCCUAAAGAUCCUCAUGCUCAGUUCCCUGUCAGGGUCACAGAGGGCUGCGGCCAAUCCCAGCUGACAUUAGGUUUUGUGGCCAGUAAAAUCCCUGACAACCUGGAUGCCAUCAUCAUCGGCAGUGGGGUCGGUGGGCUCGGACUCGCGGUGCUGUUGGCCAAAGUUGGAAAGAAAGUCCUGGUUCUGGAGCAGCAUGAUCGGGCUGGGGGAUGCUGUCACACGUUCACUGAGAAAGGCUUUGAAUUUGAUGUUGGAAUCCACUACAUCGGUGACUUGCUGGAACACAAGCCGUUCCGCUGCAUGCUGGAUCAAAUUACCAACGGACAGCUGCAGUGGGAGCCUCUGGAAAAUCCGUUUGACCAUGUUGUUCUGGGGCCGCCAGAAAACCGCCGCAGGUAUCCCAUCUACAGCGGCAGGACCCGCUUCCCUGAGGAGCUGAAGAAGUGCUUCCCUGGAGAGGAGAAGGCCAUUGAUGAGUAUUUGAAGCUGGCCAAGAAAGCUGGACGUGGCAUUUGGCUCCUGGCUGUCCUGAAGCUCUGCCCUGUCCCCUUGGCUAAGUUCCUGGUCUACAGCGGCCUGGCCAAACGACUGUCUUUCUUCUUCAAAAUGGCCCCACGCAGCCUGACAGAAGUGGUCAAUGAACUGACAGAGAACAAAGACCUCCGGGCUGUUUUCACCUACAUCUUUGGCACCUACGGAAACAUGCCCAAAGAGGCCAGUUUUUCUAUGCACAGCUUGCUGGUCACUCACUACCUGAAUGGUGCCUGGUACCCUAAAGGUGGAGCCACUGAAAUUGCCUAUCACAUGAUCCCCAUCAUUGAGAAGGCUGGUGGUGCCGUGCUAGUCCGAGCUCCAGUUAAUCGCAUCUUGUUCAAUGAUGCCAAGGAAGCUUAUGGUGUGAGUGUGAUGAAAGGUCAGGAGGAAAUCCAUAUCCAUGCCCCCAUGGUCAUCUCCAAUGCUGGAAUCUUCAACACCUACGAGAAGCUACUGCCUAAAGAGCUCCAGGCCAUGCCAGCCAUUCAGAAGCAGCUGAGUAUGAUGAAGAAUGGUGAAGGAGGCCUGAGUAUUUUUCUGGGUCUGACUGGAACCAAAGAGGAGCUGGGCCUGAAAGCAGACAACUACUGGAUCUUUACUGAGAACAACUUCGACGAAUUGGUGGAGAGCUAUAUGAAGGGAAAGAGGGAAGAUUCAGCCAAAAAUGUACCCCUGCUGUUUGUAGCCUCUCCAUCAGCUAAGGAUCCAACCUGGGAGGAAAGAUCGCCAGGCAAAUCCACUCUGAGUCUCGUCAGCUUUGCCAACUAUGAGUGGUUCGAGGAGUGGAAGGACAACAAAGUGACGAACAGAGGGGCGGACUACAAAGAGCUGAAACAGGCUUUCAUCGACUCUGUUCUGGAGGUGGUGAUGGACGUCUUCCCAAAGAUAACCAGAGACAAGGUUGAGUUUAUUGAUGCUGGAACCCCCAUCACAAACACACACUACAUUGGAGCACCCAAAGGUGAAAUCUACGGAGCGGAUCACGGCAUCGCCCGCUUCAGCCCUGAACUCAACUUUACAGUGAGACCUCAGACUCCGCUGAAGAACCUCUAUCUGACAGGCCAGGAUGUGUUUCUGUGUGGCUUUGCGGGUGCUUUGGCCGGAGCUCUCACCUGCGGCUCUGUCAUUCUCAACCGCAACCUCCAUCUGGAUGCUAUCAACCUGGCAAAGAAAACAAAAGCUAUGAACAGCAAAUGCAAAGAGGAGUAACUGCCUGACAUCAUUCAGCUGAGUGACCGUUAUAUAGUGUGUCUAACCAGUAACUGAUCGCACAACUGAAAUCUAUGUGUAAGGAGUUUUCGAGUUUCCCAUCACAAACUGCUAAAACGUAUGACUCAUGCACAUCUACAUUAAUUCAGCUUUGUUAAGAGAGUGAGAUGUUUCAUGUUUGAAUAAUGGUUAUUGAGCUUCCAGCGCUUAAAACAGCUAAAAUUACCUCAUGCAAAUACUUUUAUAUCAUUCACUGUGUUGAAAUUCAUACACACAUUUGUUGUGUAGUGUUUUAAUUUCUUGUUCUGUGCCCAACUAUACUCCCCAUUUGGUAAUAAACAACAGAUGCCAUUCAGUAUCUGGUGUACUGUGUGUAUUUAUGUCAAUACUCUCUCGACAGGAAAUGUAAUUUCUUUUCUUACGGUAUUGGUUGAUGAUCCACCCUUUACACGUUUUUGUGCCAAUUAAAUCAAUAACCAACAUGCUAUUUAUUUUUUUGCGAAUUGUUUAAACCUUAGAAUAUAAAUUCUCCCUUUAUAUGAAGCACUUUGACAGUAUUACUGAUACAUAAACAUAAUAUUUGUAAGAUAGAUUGGAUUUUAGUAUUACCUCCACAGAAUAAUCUGUUGAUCUUGAUGGCAAAAUCUGAUGUGUUUAGGAGACUGAUAUUUAUGAGUGAAAUUUGGUGCAGAUGCAAAUAGAAAUCUGGAUCUAGUGAAAUUAAAAGUGGCUUCAUCAGGUAACUGUGGGGCC